UGUGCGGCGCCGGAGGCCCGGAUGGUGCGCUUGCGGCCCGGCCCCGAGCGGACGCCUGCGCUGCGCCGGCCUUCCGUGAGUCGCCAGAGCCGGGGAGACCGAGGUCGUGCGUUGCACCGUGGGGCAGCUUCCUCUGGCCUGCGGGGCGGCGCUCCGGGGGACCGGGCGUGUGUCCUCGAGAGGCGGCCAGGGACCCUGGGAGGACAGGAGGUGUCAACACCUCUGGACAGCACACUGAACAGGCUAAAGUCUAGGGAGCACCUGGCAGAUUAGAUCCACCUCUCCCUUGAGAAGCACAUUCCCUACCACAGGGAGGAAGCAACAGCCAGGCUCAGCACCCCAGUGAUGCACGAUGCCAAUAGUCGAUAAGCUGAAGGAGGCUCUGAAGCCUGGCCGCAAGGACUCAGUUGAGGAUGGGGAUCUGGGCAAGCUGCUGGCAGCCUCUGCCAAGAAGGUCCUUUUGCAGAGGAUUGAGUUCGAGCCAGCCAGCAAGAGCUUCUCCUACCAGCUGGAGUCCUUAAAGAGCAAAUAUGUGCUGCUGAACCCCAGGACUGAGGGAGCCAGCCGCCAUAAGAGCGGAGAUGAACUGCAGGCCAGGAAACCAGGCACUGAGCGUGCGUCUGGAAGCGGAGGCGACGGAGUCCCAGCCCCACAGAAAGUGCUCUUCCCUACCGAGCAACUGUCUCUGAGGUGGGAGCGUGUUUUCCGCGUGGGUGCUGGGCUGCACAACCUGGGGAACACGUGUUUCCUGAACUCCACCAUUCAGUGCUUGACUUACACACCACCGCUGGCCAACUACCUGCUCUCCAAGGAGCACGCAAGGAGCUGUCACCAAGGAAGCUUCUGCAUGCUAUGUGUCAUGCAGAACCAUAUCGUCCAGGCCUUUGCCAACAGUGGCAAUGCAAUCAAGCCCAUCUCCUUCAUCAGAGACCUGAAAAAGAUUGCCCGGCACUUCCGCUUCGGGAACCAAGAGGAUGCACACGAGUUCCUCCGCUACACCAUCGAUGCCAUGCAGAAGGCCUGCUUGAACGGCUAUGCCAAGUUGGAUCGGCAGACUCAGGCUACUACGCUGGUGCAUCAGAUCUUUGGAGGCUAUCUCAGAUCCCGAGUGAAGUGCUCCGUGUGCAAGAGCGUCUCAGACACCUAUGACCCUUACUUGGACAUAGCACUGGAGAUUCGGCAAGCUGCAAAUAUUGUGCGCGCCCUGGAGCUCUUCGUGAAAUCAGAUGUCCUGAGUGGAGAAAAUGCCUAUAUGUGUGCUAAAUGCAAGAAGAAGGUUCCAGCCAGCAAGCGCUUCACCAUCCACAGAACAUCCAAUGUCUUAACCCUGUCCCUCAAGCGCUUUGCCAACUUCAGUGGCGGGAAGAUCACCAAAGAUGUUGGCUAUCCUGAGUUCCUGAACAUCCGUCCAUACAUGUCGCAGAGCAAUGGUGACCCUGUCACGUACGGGCUCUAUGCUGUCCUGGUGCACUCAGGCUACAGCUGCCAUGCUGGCCACUACUACUGCUAUGUGAAGGCCAGCAAUGGACAGUGGUACCAGAUGAACGACUCCUUGGUCCAUCCCAGCAAUGCUAAGGUGGUUCUGAACCAGCAGGCCUACGUUCUCUUCUACCUGCGGGUUCCAAGCUCAAAGAAAAGCCCUGAGGGCCCUAUCUCCCGGGCAGGCCCCACCAUUCCUAGCCGUCCCAGUGUUAUUCCAGAUCACCCCAAGAAGAUCCCUGGCAACGGGGUGGCUUCCUCCCCACUGAUGGCAAAGCGACAAGACUCUGUACUGAUGAAAAAGUUGCAGACCCCUGAGGAGGUCGGUGUGCCUGUGUCCAGGAAUGGCUCCAUGCCAGGCCUGAAGUCACAGAACGGAUAUGUUCCUGCAAAGGCAUCCAUGGGGUCCCCUUCCCCCAAGUUCACUCCGACCCCCAAGCUCACCCCGACACCCACAUACAUGCCGGCCCUCCUGGAGGAGCCUGGGAAGAAGGUGAAGAAGCUGGCUUCCCCGCAUUCUCUCACCUCAUCCCUCCAUGCUUCUCAGGGCUCACCUGGGACCCGUGAAUCCAGGAGCCAACGGCCUAGCUCCUGGGAGAGCAGGGACAGUGUCCUCUCUACCUCGCCAAAGCUCCUGGCUAAAGCCAUUGCUAAUGGGCACAAGCUGAAGGGGGAAGGCAGUGAUGUGGACCCGGAGAAGGGGCCUUCCAACAGCUCCAGCCCCGAGCACUCCGCCAGCAGCGUCCCUGCCAAGGCCCCGCAGACACCCGAGGGCAGAGCUGCCCAUUUCUGUGAUUCUCAGGGAACAAACUCUCCAACGGCUGGCCACUCCAAAGUGCUGCCAAAUGGAACAGAUCCCAAGAUGGCGAAGCUGAAAUCCCCUGCCCUAGGUAGCACCACCACGACCGAGCCCACAAGCCUCAUGUCUCCUCCGCCAGCCAAAAAGCUGGCCCUGUCAGCCAAGAAGGCCAGCACCCUGCGGAGGGCGAUCGGCAAUGACCUCCGUUCACCUCCCCCCUCUCCAUUCUCCGACCUCACCUACCCCAUGAAAGCCACUCACCCCAUCGUUGCCUCCACUCAGCCUGUCAGUAAAAUCAGGGCUGUGUCAUCUGCUCCCCAACCAUCUACCUUCCCGAAGCAUCCUGUCAGCCCCCAUUCUGCAUCACUGUCCAGUAGUAGUCCCAAGCCCCCAGGGACAUCAGAGCCACAGAGCCACUAUUCUGCCUGGACUCCCUUGCCUCAGGUCAACAGGGACUUAACGUCCUCUUUACACCAGCUGCCAGAGGCCACUGAGGCCCUGCAGAGCCCCUCCAAGAAAAGGAAAAAGACCCCUAAUAGAGACCCCCAGAGACUGGGCAUCGACACACGCCUCCCACGUUGCCUGACGGGAGCAGCUGCAUCGUCCCUCAGGAAGAAGAAGAAGAAGAAGAAGAACAAGAAGUGGUGCCUGGAGGAUGUGGCCGUGGCCCCCUGGCAGGAGGACCAGGCCCAGGGCCAACCUUGGAGUCCUAGGAGCAGGAAGGAGGAGGGCACACAGCCUCAGGUGAAUGGCCAUCAAGUGAGUCAUGUCCUGGACAGCCACCACGUGAGCAUCAGGAAGAGGAGGAGGAGGAAGGGAUCAGAGGCACUCAGCAAAGAAGCCACUUUGUCCCGGGACCCACCUCGGCACAGCUGCUCCUCUGCACACCACUCUGAGUCCGAGACCUGGACACAGUCUCCAAGGAAAAAGAAGAGGAAAAAUAGAAAGCACGAAUCACAGCAAGAGGAAGGAGAGAAUGAGCACUCAGAAGGCCAGAGGAGCCCACUGCCCGGUGCCGCUACGGUCAUCGAGUGGAGCGUGAACGGCCAACUUCCUGGUGACCGCCUGGGAUUGGGACAGGCUCCUCUGGUGCCCUGGAACAGAGAGCAAGAAGCCAACGUGGUCCAGGAGUUGCUCCAGUUCUCCUCUGAUAAGGCUUAUGGGAGAAAAGUUUUGACCUGGGAUGGUGAACUGUCAGCAGUCAGUCAGGAUGCCAUCAGAGACAGCAGAUUGGCCCGAACCCAGACCGUGGUCGACGAUUGGGAUGAAGAGUUUGAUCGAGGGAAGGAAAAGAAAAUGAAAAAGUUCAAGAGAGAGAAGAGGAGAAACUUCAAUGCCUUCCAGAAGCUUCAGAGUAGACGCAACUUCUGGUCUGUGACUCACCCAGCUAAGGUCACCAGCCUCAGCUAUCGACGCUGAGCUUGGUGCAGUUGUUGAAGAAAGACCAGUGUGCCUAUGCCAUGGCCUCCCAGAGUUGUCACAUCACGUCCUAGGAACUGUCCAUCUGGAUCGGAGGAACGGCCUUGUGCAGACUCCAUUGCCAUCACCUUCAGGCCGCUGCACUGUGAGCCUGCUGGAGGGUCCUCCUGGUGCCACUGUCCACAGAUGACCCAGUGUAGAAACCUUGGGACUUCUGCAGCUCAGGUGGCAUUCCCAGUGAACUCCACAGGAGAAAGCCUGGCCUGUGGUGCCACGCAGAGCUGACAGCAGCCCACAGGACAUCCCGAAAGGCCAAGCAUUCUCAUGGUUGUAGACAGUGGGGUCUAGGUGGGAAAAGCCUCUGCUCCUGGUCUGGGGCUGUCAAGAGACAGCACGGGGUGGGGCCCGAGCCUCUCGAGGUACCCUUUACUCAGGAUGGCAGACAUGUGGUGGGUGGCUUUUUGUGAGCCGUCCUUUGCUCUCCUAAGGUUGCACUGUCCAGUGUUCCCCCUUGGUGGGGCCUCUGUAUAACUCCUGUCAGCUGCAGAAAGGAAGAAGCCUGUGUGGACUGCGCUGCUGCCUCCCCUCCCCCAGUGCAGUUCCUCGAAAGAACCCGACACUUUCUAGAAAGCAAAGCUCUUUGGGGUGGGGGAACCCUUGAAAUAUGUCCAAUGCCUCUGCUUCUAAGGCUGCUAGCUCUGCCGGGGACUGUCACAGCUUCCCCUGCAGCUGCGGUAACCUGGGGUCUCUAUUACGGCGGUGGUCUUUGGAGAUGAAGUCUCCGUUAUUUUACUACUUACUAUAAAACAUUUAUUUUUGACCAGGCCUGUGGCUUCCGGUAGCAAUAUGUUUCCCUAAUAUGCAAAUACUGGCUUCACUUGCUCAGUUUUGUGAGUGCUUUGGAAUCUGGAAGAGCGUAGGGCUCGAGCAGACUCCCUUUUUUAUCUUGCCCAAGCUGUGUCCGCAGACUUAGAAUAAUGACCAGGGAUUCCUCCGUGAAGGUGCUUUUGAAAGGAGGCAGCACCCAGGAGGUGGAGGGUGGGGAAGGUUCUUCCUCAGGGGGUACCACCUCCCCUCCCCUCCCCGGAGUCCUAGGGCUGCUUUGGGCCUCUGGGCGCCCACUGCCCUCAUCGUCGCCCUGUAACCUCUGCUCAGCUCUCCUGCCCAGGGCCUCGCUCGAUAGUGGUGUAUGAAAAAGGGCUGCAUUCUCUGGAGGGGAAGAUCGUGCAAGUUUAUGUGUGUGUCUCCUGGGUUUCCUUUCUGUUUGGUCUUUCCCUUUAACAACCAUGGGAAGGACCAGCAUUUCUGUGGCCCAGUCCACUGACUGCUUCUCCCAGCAGAAUGGGCCUUGGUGUGGGCUGGUUUCUGAGUGUGUGUGAGUAGGUCUGGUGUCAGUGGUGUGGCCUUACCAGUGGCCAUCUUGGCGUCAUCUUGGGCAGAAGGUGGGCAGGCACCUUUGUGGGUGGCUUUUCCUUUCUCCUGAGCUAUUGACCCUUGUCUCUGUAUGAACUGUUGACCCUUGUCUCUGUAUGAACUGUUUCCAUGACCACAUUUUUCCUGUGAUGUUCUCAAGUUGAAAAUUCGCAUUGUCUGCCAGCAUAGAGUCUUUCUGUUUUCUCCAAACCGAUCUCUUCCUCUCUGCUGGACUUCAUUAUAAAGCCCUUUCCUGGGGAGUACGUAUGCACAGCCUCUCGGGCAGUUGUCAGUGCUCGCCUCACUGCCUGGCUUUUGGCAGCCUUUGUCACCAUUGGGUAAAGGCAAGCCCUUCCCUUCCUCAGAAACCAUUAGCCAAACAGGGAUGGCACAGAAUAAGGCCCCCAAAUGGUCAUGUUCUCGGUGACGUGUACACACACACAUAACUAAACCCUUUCUGGUGGCUGUCAUUUGGUUGGGUCCAUUCGGUUUUAGCUCUGGCUGGUCAGUGAGGUGAUGGGCCUGUGUGCAGAGGGCUGCCUCCCUGGAGUCCCCGUCCUCUCCCACUUGCCUGUUUAGGGGCCGUUCUCGUCCAGUCUGUGUUGCCACACCUGUGUGUGCAGGGUUCCCACACUGCACUUCCUUUGGGGCUCAGGAGCCCCAGAUAUUGCCACGAUCUUGGUGCAAUAAAGUAAUGUGGUUUUGUCUCACACCUUUAGUCCCGGUACUCAGGAGGCAGAGGCAGGCGGAUCUCUGAGAUGGAGGCCAGCUUGGUCUAUCUAGUGACUUCUAGGCUGGCUGGGACUAGGGAGACCCUGUCAAAACAACAACAACAAAAAUUUGGUUCUGUGUUUGCCUUCUCUUGGUUUUUAAAAAGGCGUCCUGACGAAUCCCAGUCCACUUCCCCAGGUCGGGUGGAAGCUCAUCUGUGCUGCUCAAAGGUGCCUGCCCACACCUGGGAGAGGGGUGCCUGCCCUUCCAGCUACUCAGGAGCUGAGACGGGAGAGUUGCUUGAGCCCAGGAGAUGGGGGCCAGCUUGGGCAAUAUAGUGAGACCCCUUCUCAGAAAAAGUUAUUUUUUUUAAAUAAAAAGUUUAAAGAGAUGUAUUUAAACUUAUUCCAUACUGUAUUUAAAGUCAAAAAUAAAAAAAAAGACUCCUGAA